ACGCACGUCAAUAUUUUUAAGACUGAUGUACUUCUACAAAAAUUAUUUUAACAAUAUUUUGUUAAAUAUGACUCAUACAUACCUAUAAUUUUUUUGUAAUUUUGUAAAUCUUAUCGUAUGCAAGAUGCGUGGGGUAGUUAAAAUGAUACAGUUCCUGCUUUUUAUUAUUAAGUUAAUCCUUGCUGCCGUAAUAUUUGUGGUACUUUCUGUCGGAAUUGUUGUUCCAGUGUAUUACUUAUAUUUAAAAAGAAAAUACAGUGUAGAUAAAUUAAAGAAUCUUUCCAGUAAAUUAAGGGUAGGCAUAUUUCAUCCCUACUGUAAUGCGGGUGGUGGAGGAGAAAAAGUCUUAUGGGUAGCAUUACAAGCACUUCAGAAAAAGUAUCCUAAAGCAGAGUUUUAUAUUUACACAGGUGAUGUAGAAGCAACUCCAGAAGAAAUUUUGGAUAAAGUUAGAACCAGAUUAAAUGUGAAUCUAGAAAAAAAUAUAAAAUUUAUUUAUCUCCAUAGGAGAAAAUGGCUUGAAGCAAAUAUGUAUCCCUAUUUCACCCUUUUGGGACAGGCUUUGGGGUCUGUAUUCUUAGGCUUUGAAGCCUUGAAUAGGUUAAAUCCAGAUAUUUUUAUUGAAACCACAGGCUUUACAUUUGUCAUUCCAAUCUUCAAAUACAUUGGUGGUUGCAAGACUGGUUGCUACAUACAUUAUCCAAUUAUUACAAAUGACAUGUUGAAAAGAGUGUCCAACAGGCAGUCCUUAUAUAACAAUAGGAGUAUAAUAGCAAGAAGUCCUAUUCUUACCAUGGGAAAACUGGUAUAUUAUCAUAUAUUUGCUUGGGCUUAUUCUUUAGCAGGCCAAUCAUCUGAUAUAAAUUUGGUGAACUCAACAUUCACCAUGGAACAUCUUAACUCACUUUGGAACAGACCACUUCACCUUGUAUAUCCGCCUUGCGAGACUGAUCAUCUAAAAAAACUCCAAAGAGAUAAAACUCGACCAAAAAAUAUUAGAAUAAUGUCUCUGGCUCAAUUUAGACCUGAGAAGGACCAUCCUCUACAACUUCAAGCAUUAUAUGAGCUGCGUGAAAUAGUACCAGAAGAGGUAUUCAACAACAUAACUUUAGUGUUAUGUGGUAGUUGUAGAAAUGCAGAAGACAGUAGGAGAGUGAAAGAUUUAAAAGACUUUAGUAAGCAUUUAAGCCUAGAAAACAACGUAGAAUUUAAGGUGAAUAUUAGUUAUGGUGAUUUACUAGAAGAAUUAAAAAAUUCCUGGAUCGGUAUCCACACUAUGCUCGAUGAACACUUUGGUAUUGGCGUAGUCGAACAGAUGGCAGCAGGUCUCAUAAUGGUGGCGCAUAGAUCAGGCGGACCUUUAUUGGAUAUUAUAGAAACUUCAGAAGGAUCCAGGCUAGGGUUUUUAGCUCAAACUCCUGAUGAGUUUGCUCACAUAAUUAAAUUCAUUUUGCAAUUGGACGAUGCCGAGAUUAAUGAGAUUAGAGCGAAGGCAAGAGCUUCAACCGACCGUUUUAGCAAUCAAAAAUUUCAUGAAGAAUUUUUGAGGGCUAUUGAACCUCUGUUUAAGUGAAGUGUAGACAAGUAGCGUUAUGUACAUAUAGCAUAAGUCAUAAUAAAGUGUGAUAUAUGAA